AUGAUUGCGCUGAUCUGCAGCUGUUUUAUCAUCUAUCUGGCCAUAUUUCGGACGCGGAACAAGACGGUCAAAGUCUAUGCGCACAUGUUGAUUAUGAAUGCGACGGUCGAUAUUAUGUAUAGCAUGUGCAACUUGGUCGCCAUGCCGGUAGGUAUUAAAUUGAAGACUUUAGCACUGUAACGGUAGUUUUGAGUUGCUAACACUCCGCUUUUCAGAUGUUUUUCAUAUGGGAUAGCUACUUCAUUCUUGCCGCCGCGAAUCCUUUGCUGCAGAAUUUCCAAUCGUCCGCUUAUAUCGUCACCUCUUGCCAGGGCUUCUUGAUCUACGUCUCCGUGGUUCUGAUCCCGAUGCAAUUCUUGUAUCGCUACAGUGUGAUCAGCCAGAAGCCCUUCAACAGCACGCAACUGGCCAAGGUUUUCCUCCUUGCCAACGUCUACCCGUUCAUGCACGGGGUCCUGUGCUUCUUCACCUUCAACCCGCCGAACGAGCACUUCGACGCGGUUUAUAGGCUCGAUCCCGCUGUGCGCGACCUCCCGCGACUCCCUCCGUACAUGGUGGGGGAUUGCACCGGCGCUUCGACGUUGAUGAAGUUGCACAUGGCUAAUUGUAUUGUGAUGACCGCCCUCAGCUACGUCUUCAUUGUCGUGAUUUAUCGGAAAACGAAAGUGAUGUUCGCGAGGAUGGAGUCCAAAAUGUCGGCCAACACGAAGAAGACGCAGAAACAAAUGGAAAGAGUCAUCUUUAUUCAGGUAUGAAGAAGUAGAUCCUGAAGAAAAUACGUCCCUGCUGUGCACCAGUCUGUCGGGAAAAUAAUGAGUGCACUAUCGCAUCAAAGAUAAUGAAUUGUAUCGGAGCAAAAUAAUAUUGCUUUUCCUACAUUGUGCCCAUUAUUUUCCCGACAGAAACCUUAUCUUUCAGGCCCUGUUCCCGAUUAUUGUUCUCUUCAUUCCGGGCACUAUCUUGCCCGUCUUCGCGCUGAUGAAAAUCAACUACGAAUGGACCGGAGAAAUCAUCGCAAUAAUGCACACAACUCCUGUUUUCAACUCGCUCUCCGUGCUGUUGUUGGUCCCAAGCUAUCGGCAAAUUGUGUUGGGGAUAUUCUGUCGCUCCUCGCCGCCGGUCGGCAGCAUCAGCACGCUGACGGGCAAUAGCCGACAACACAACACACAUACAACGGGUUCUGCGGGCGACGAGGAGGAGAUGUUUGCAUAA